AUGGCACUGCAAGAGGCAACACAGCCAGGCAUCAGUGCUCGCAUAAGGUUGCCAACAAGCGACGACAUACGCAUCACGGCUCCAAACGUGGAGCUCGAGUCAUUCCCUCUUCACCUGACCAAGCAAUGCCUUCUCUUCUUCUACCCAGAAACGGAGGCCCUGGCAAGAAGUGUUGCUGAGACAAGCCAGGGAAGGGUGGAGCUAGGAGACAUCAAAUGGGCGAAAUUCAAUGAUGGCUUUCCGAAUGUGUUUGUCAAAGAUGCGACGCGAAUCAGGAAUAGGCAUGUGGCCUUCCUGGCAUCCUUCCAGGAUGCAGCCACCAUCUUUGAGCAGCUGUCAGUGAUCUACCAGCUGCCGCGCAUGUUUGUGGGCUCUUUCACUCUUGUGCUGCCAUACUUCCCAACAGGCACUGCAGAGAGGGUUGAAGCUGAGGGGGAUGUGGCAACAGCAGUGACGCUGGCCCGGAUCUUAUCCAACAUUCCGCUGUCCCGGGGUGGCCCCACAAGUGUCGUCAUUUUUGACAUACAUGCCCUGCAGGAACGGUUCUACUUUGGCGACACAGUGCUGCCGCUGUUUGAGAGCGGGAUCCCACUGGUCCGACAGCGGAUGCAGUCGCUGCCGGAUGCAGAUAACAUCACCAUUGCAUACCCAGAUGAAGGCGCCUGGAAGCGUUUCCACUACCAAUUUGGAGACUACCCAGAGCAGGUGAUAUGCACCAAGGUGCGCGACGGGGACAAGCGCAUAGUGCGGCUGAAGGAGGGUUCCCCCAAGGGGCGUCAUGUGGUCAUUGUGGACGACCUGGUCCAGUCAGGCGGCACCCUUAUCGAGUGCCAACGCCUGCUCAAAACCCAGGGAGCGGAGGCUGUGAGCGCGUAUGUGACGCACGGAGUGUUCCCCAAGGAGUCUUGGCGGCGCUUCACAAAGGCCAACGGCACAGCCGACGCGUUCAAGUACUUCUGGAUCACCGACUCCUGCCCGCGCACUGUGGAGGCUAUCCGGGGCCAGGCUCCCUAUGAGGUCAUCAGCCUUGCUGGCCCCAUCACAGCAGCGCUGCAGAUCUGA